AUGGAAGGUUUGGAGAGAGAAAGGUUGGGAGAAGAUGGAUUGCCAACAAGUCCCCUGCUUCUUAAUGAAGUCUCUGCCCAUGCCAGUCAUGGCAGCUCCAUCGCGUCUUCAAGUGAUCCUGCUGUCACGCCACUAGUCAUUUUUAGCACUCUCGUCGCCGUUAGUGGCUCUUUCGUUAUCGGGUGUGCUAGUGGUUAUUCUUCACCAGCUGAGUCAGGCAUUAUGGAGGAUUUAGGCAUCUCCACAGCAGCGAGAAAUGGAAAGUGGAUCAAACUUGCAUUCACAUUCUCCCAUUUUUAUGUGUUACGGUAUUCGCUUUUCAGUUCAACAUUAACAGUUGGAGGCCUAAUAGCAGCUCUGGUAAAUGGGAGGGUAACGGAUUUGAUUGGGCGUAGACGAGCAAUGUGGCUUUCUCAAAUAUUUGUCGCUGCGGGAUGGCUUUCUAUAGCAUAUGCCAAGAAUGCUUGGUGGCUGGAUAUUGGGAGACUACUAAACGGGCUUGGCAUUGGGGUUGUAUGUUACGUGGUACCUGUGUACAUUGCAGAGAUAACACCUAGAAGUGUUCGGGGAGCAUUCACGGCAUUCAAUCAGUUCAUGAUAUGCUGUGGCUUUUCAAUGAUUUACUUUCUUGGAACCAUUGUCUCCUGGCGCAUCUUGGCUCUGAUCAGUGGCAUUCCCUGUGUCAUACAAAUUUUGGGUUUGUUCUUUGUUCCAGAGUCUCCUAGAUGGCUGGUAUUAGUCCACCAAGAGAAGGAGUUUGAAAGCACACUACAGAGACUCAGAGGCAAAGGUGUCAUUAUUUCUAAAGAAGCAGCCGAUAUCAGAGACUACACAGAGACCUUUGAACGGCAGUCUCAGUCUAGAAUUCUGGAUCUGUUCCAAAGACGAUAUGCUCAUCCACUUAUGAUAGCAGUUGGGCUGAUGACGCUUCAACAAUUUGGUGGGGCUAAUGCAUUUGCCUACUAUACGGGCUCCAUAUUUGAAUCAGCUGGCUUCUCAAGUAGCUUUGGUGCUAGAAGCAUAGCUAUUAUCCAGAUCCCAGCGACUGUUCUUAGUGUAAUCUUGACUGAUAAAGCCGGAAGACGGCCACUUCUGAUGAUUUCUUCAGCUGGAAUGUCCUUAAGUUGCUUUCUUCUAGGAUUGUCAUUCUUCAUUCAGGACCUUAAUCAUUGGAAAGCAGCGACCCCAAUUUUGGCAUAUGUAGCAAUAAAUAUGUAUUUCGUAGCUUACUCACUUGGCAUUGGGGGAUUACCAUGGGUUAUCAUGUCUGAGAUAUUCCCUGUAAACAUUAAAGGGUCAGCCGGGAGCCUGGCGACAUUCGCCUAUUGGUCCUGUUCCUGGAUUGUGACUUAUACUUUCAGCUUCAUGUUCGAAUGGAGUGCACCCGGGACAUUUUUCAUAUUCGCGUGUGCAUGCGGUCUCACCGUCUUAUUCACCACGAAGGUAGUGCCGGAGACCAAGGGGCGAGCAUUGGAAGAACUGCAAGCAUCACUUGCCCAUUUUCUUUAACGAUUAGGAGCCGCAUUUUGUUGGAAUUUGAAUUUGUAUGGGCCAAACACCAGUAGCACUGAUGGGAAGGCUGACAGGACGCUUUUUGUUGCAAAGUAUCAAUGCAACGUAAUUAAUACCAAAAAAAAUCAUAAAUUAUGCCUAUUGUGAUAUAAAUAUCCAGAGCUUUUUUUGUCACUAAAAAUCCUAAACUUGCCUUUUGUGACACAAAUACCCAAAAAUUUAUUUUGUAUAAAAAAAUCCAAAAUCUAUACUAGUGUGACAAAUACAUCCCCGCAUUGAACUGAAAUAAAUGGUACAUUUGUCACAUAUGUAUAAAUUUGGGUUUUUUCAUGGCACAAAAAAGGUUGGGGGUAUUUGUAUCACAUUGGCUAAGUUUAGGAUUUUUGGUCAC